AUGAGUACACGCAGUAGCCAACGGGCCACUGCUAAGGUCGAUCGGAAACGUAUUACGGACCGCAGAGCCCAGAGAAAUCAUCGAGAACGUGUCAAGACGUAUAUCAGUCAACUUGAGACUACUGUUGAAGAGCUUACCAAGGCAUCCCAGGAAGGCUCCGGGCACAGUCUACUACAAAAGCUGCAAGAAAAGCAGUUGGAGAUCGAACAACUUAAGAGGGCGAUACGGCAAGCUGACGGAGUCCUGCGAACUGCCCUUGACGCGGCCUCUUCGUUCAUAUCACCCUCCAUCGCCGAGAUCGUGCCUAAAGAUUCUCCAGUGAUACCGAAUGGCUGGCCGCUCGUAGCUAUCGAGGAUGAAACGACCCAAAGAAUCGAUAGUCACAAAUUACAGAUGGAACCCACAUUUGCGGCAGGAGAUAUAUCCCCCAUUAGUAGCCGUGGCAGGCACGUUCAUAACAACAAUAAACUAAAGGACAUUCCUUCACCAUAUGCCAAUUUGGCCUGUGGGAAUGGACAAGUAAAUUACUUCCAGGUCGUGGAUGAGUCUCUGGUUCACGUACUAAGUGGUGGCCCACUGACAACUUCCGCUGAGGACGACGAUGACUUAGCCAUCCGGGCCAUCUUACACGGGUGGGAUACUAUUAAGGAAGAUAAGCCACUCGACCGUGGCUGGAACUUUCUCAGCGCUCUAGACCAAGGGCUAUUUCACCGCACUGGCCCUGUGGAACGCCUGGCUAUCUUGCGCUUAAUGCGAUCCAUGCUGAUGUCGAAGAACGGGUCCUCAGAGCACUCCACUAGCCAAAUUCCGUCUUUCAUGUUCCCCACGCCAAACCUUCGUGACCACUUAAUCGCCUCCGAAACAUCUCAUACUCCUGAAGCAGCGGCGGCGCAUUAUGCGGCAGAAAUUCAACUGAGUUGGCCGUAUCAGGUUCGAGAUGCCUAUAGGUACCAUGAAGAGGAAGGCAAGUUCCAAUUUUCGAUUGAAUUCAACAACGUUUAUUACGACUUAAAGUCAUGGCAGUUUCGUUCAAACCCUGCGCUCAAGAUGCUUGUUGCGAAUGGACCAAUGCCGUCACUAGAAGGGCGCCUACAGGCCUCGACUAAUAUACUGAUUGGUUCUCUGGAUCCAAAUGGGUUUAUUGAGGCAGGGGAAGUUGCUGGAUAUUGA